AGAAGAUCACGCUUCCAACUAAAUUACACGAUUUUAGGAAAAUAAAAAGUGUGAAAAAGUGUAAAAUGUGGAUCAUUGUCCUCCUGCUGAUCCUGUACCUGGUCUUGCUGUACCAGUAUGUGAGGCGUCACUAUACCCACUGGCAGCGACUGGGCAUGGACGAGGAGCCGGCUGUAAUCCCCUUUGGGGUAAUGGAUACGGUGAUGAAACAGGAACGGAGCUUGGGCAUGGCCUUGGGUGAUAUCUACGCCCGGCACGAGGGAAAGAUUGUGGGAAUUUAUAUGAUGAACCAGCGGAGUAUCCUCAUCCGUGAUGCCCAGCUGGCGCGCCAGAUUAUGACCAGUGACUUUGGUAGCUUUCACGAUCGCGGUGUCUACGUGGAUGAGGAGAAGGAUCCGUUGUCCGCCAAUCUCUUCAACCUUCGAGGGGUUUCCUGGCGAAAUCUACGCCAAAAGUUGACGCCAUCGUUUUCCUCGGGAAAAAUCAAGGGCAUGUUCGGUACCAUUGACGAGGUUGGCGACAAGCUGGUAAAGCAUCUGGAGGGUGUCCUCGACCAGAGCGACGAGGUGGAAAUCAAGGCUGUGAUGACCACAUAUGCGGUGGAUAUUAUUGGUUCGGUGAUUUUUGGACUGGAGAUCGAUAGCUUCAGCAAUCCGGAAAAUGAGUUUCGGGAAAUAAGCAGCUCGGAAAGUAGGGACAAGUCUCUGCUACUCAAGAUUCACAAUAUGUCCAUGUUUAUAUGUCCCAUCAUUGCCAAGGUUAUGAACCGUCUGGGCUAUGAGAGCCGGAUACUGACUUCCCUGCGGGACAUGAUGAAGCGCACCAUUGAAUUCCGGGAGCAGCAUAAUGUGGUCCGCAAGGACAUGCUGCAGCUGCUCAUUCGGCUGAGGAACACUGGAAAAAUCGGCGAGGAUGAUGAUCAAGUGUGGGACAUGGAGACGGCCCAGGAGCAGCUCAAGUCGAUGUCCAUCGAGAAGAUUGCCGCCCAGGCUUUCCUCUUCUACGUGGCUGGAUCGGAGUCCACUGCUGCCGCUUCCGCCUUCACCCUGUACGAGCUGUCCAUGUAUCCGGAGCUGCUGAAGGAGGCACGGGAAGAGGUGGAUGCAGUGCUCCAGAAGCACAAUCUAAAGCCCAAGGAUAAGUUCACCUACGAAGCUGUGCAGGAUUUGAAGUUUUUGGAUCUUUGCAUAAUGGAAACCAUUCGUAAAUACCCUGGUCUUCCCUUUCUGAACCGCGAGUGCACUGAGGACUAUCCCGUUCCCGGCACUAACCAUACCAUUACCAAGGGCACACCCAUUCUGAUCUCACUCUUUGGUAUCCAUCGUGAUCCAGUCUAUUUCCCCAAUCCCAAUGGCUAUGAUCCGCAUCGCUUUGAUGCGGAUAACAUGAACUACGAUCAGGCAGCCUAUAUGCCAUUCGGAGAAGGUCCCCGGCACUGCAUAGCUCUCCGCAUGGGUAAGAUCAACUCCAAGGUGGCUGUGGCCAAGGUCUUGGCCAAUUUCGAUUUGGUUCAGGCUCCACGCAAGGAGGUGGAGUUCCGUUUUGAUGCUGCUCCAGUUUUGGUGACCAAGGAGGGUCUGAAAGUCCGUUUGACCAAAAGAAAGUAGGAAAGAAAAUAUAAUAACUUUCCCUCUUUGCGAUUUAUAAUUUCUUGUAUAUAUUUAAGAGCGAACUGCAAA